AUGUUGUUUCUACUUCACAAGGCUCGUCGCCCGCUCGGCGACCAUCCGUACGCUAUGAAGGCCUUGAAGGACGCCAAGCGCAUACUCAUUCAGGGUAACGACACCGACUGUGGAGUGUUCGUGUGUAUGUACCUGAACGGACUGGUCAACACGGGAUUCAAGACGGUGUUUACCUGGGUGUCAUGCAACGGCGUCACAUCACGCACCUACAGGAGAGGCAUGCGUAGGGAUGUGGCCAGUCAUGCAGUGGGGGAGCUGUUUGUGCAGCUGUACAUGGAGGAAGUCGAGGUGCUGCCCCAGCCGCAUGCGCGUGUAGACGACGACGGUUGCAUGCUGUUUCCAACGGAGGACGAGGUCAGAACGGACCUGGCGCAGCUGUCCCCCGAUAGGAACAGCAUGGAGGUGGAUGGUGUCCUCUUGGCAGCCGCCGUGAUGAGUAUCGCCUCAGCGCUUGGGUUCACCCAGGAUCAGCUGGAAGCGGCGUGUGCCCAUGAGUUGGGUACGCAUGGGACGGGACUCCUCAGGCGGUCAAGCAUGGGCGACAGGAUGCGGGAGCGUGAGGCGGCGUCGAGUUUGCUGACCAGACUCCUACACAACUCCCCCGCACCACUACCUCAACCCCGGUUUAUUAGUGUUAACUUCCCGUACACUGAUGGCGCUGGCGACGAGCAACAAAGGGGACACGUCUCUAAGACUGCCAAUCCAAAGACACCAGACAGGACGCCCGUGAAGGGUCAUGGUGCCGGCGUCCGCAUGCCAAGGACCAGGGCCACCAAGGUGAAGGCAAGCGGUACAGGGGGUCUGGUGAAACGUGGGGGAACGAGCGAGUACACCGGGGUGUGGUACGACCUCCGAGAGGAGGACGCGGCGUAUGCGUACGCCGCUGGCGCGUUUGUGAUCAGACGGAAGGACCACUUCCCCAAGAUGAUGUCAUUGUCAGAUGCGGAGAUGGCUGCACUGGAGGGGGCUAUCGUGGAUGACGUUAGGCAUCUUGUACAGAAGCGCCAAUGGUACAGGUGGAGGGAGUGGCGUAAAGCCAUGGACUACAUUGGUGUACUGCCAGGAACACCCUUCAAGCCGGAGCCAGGUGCGGAGUCGCCUCCAACGAAAGCAGAGGCAGCUGAUAGCGAUACUCGAGAUGCUGAAGAAGAUGAGGAUCUGGUGAGCGAGGAUGACAAUGGGGGAGAAGACAGUGAGGGGGGGAUUGCGUGCACGCAGGCCCAGGGGUAG